UAAAUAACACAAUUAAAAUAAAUGAUCUUUAGAAUUUUGAAAAAUCCAUUACUUUCUAAAACUUUUAGGUCUCAAAUACCUAGUUUUGGAGUGCUGAAUCAUGAAAAGUUUCAAAAGAAAGUUGAGGGAAAAGGGAAAGUUACCAAAUUUCUUUAUGAAUUUUGGGAGAUUCUUUAUUAGGUAUAAGGUUAAUGUCUUAUUUUAGGGCACUUGGGAUUAAUGUGUAGAUGCUAAAACGAUGAUUUAAUAUACUUUCUAACAGAAGAAAACGGCUUUUAUGCUAUCUGAAAUCAUAAGAAUUAGAAAAGACUUAGUAAAAUUCAUUCCUUUCUCUUUUUUUCUUAUAGUCCCUGGAGCAGAGUUGCUUUUACCUCCUUAUCUGUAUUUGUUUCCUAAUGCAUUUCCUACAACUUAUUUAUUUGAUGACCAACUGGCUAAGAGAUAUAUUACAAGAGAUAGAAAACAAAUGAAUUCAUAUAGAUAUCUAUUUCAAUUGAUGAAACAACGCAUUCCAUCAAUUGAAAAUAUUAGAAAUAAUCAAGAUUACAAUGCUAAGGGUUUAUAAGAACUUGUUUUAAAACAUUCACAUCGAUUUAUGACAAAAUUAGAUUACAGAGAAUUCAAUUCAGAACAAUUGGUUCAUGUAUUUAAAAUUUUUUGAGAGUUUAGUUAUGUAAAUUUUUAGGAAUGGAGUUUUUUAGAGGAACCUAUACUAUUAUGAAACUCACUAAACUUUUUGUUAAUCUUCCUGUCUAUUUCACUAAUCUUUUCUAUUGGAUAACUAGAAAUCCAGAAAGAAGACCUUUAAAUAGUGUUUUAAAAAAUUGGAAUUCUCUCCUUCCUUUCCCAAUUGAAGAUUUAAAAAAGGCAUUGCUUUUAUGGUAGAUCAAAUCUCAUCUCAGAAAAGUAUUAAUAAAUUUUUAAUAUUUAGAUGGAAAAAUAAGACAAAGCAUUUAGAUUAAAUGGAUUUGGAGAUAACAAAUUUGAAAGUAUCCGACAAUUUGCAAGAGAAAGAGGCAUUCCAGCUUUAGUUAUGUAAAAAGAAAAUCCUGAAUAAGACUUUGAAUUGUAACUUAAUUUAUCCUAUUAUUAUAGCUCUAAAAAGUAAUUUAAAAGGGACUACAUUGAUUUUAUACAUAAAGAACAAGUAUUUGAAAAUCUCAAAAUUUGGUACGCUGUUCUCUAUUAUGAGAGAUAUCAUAAUAGGAUUGUUGAAGAAUAUGAAGAAAGAGUCAGAAAACAUUUACUACAUUGA